CAGACAGUUUGACGUGCCUUCUUCUCAGAGUCGAGUGCGAGCCCAUCUGCAGCGUUUCCUCAUUUCACUGCAACGGGAAAAAAGGAUUGAAAAGGUUCACCAUGGGAAACCAAUUUAGCAGAAAACGAGAGGAGCCUGUCCCCAAGCAGAAGACUGCUGCAGAGGAGGCUGCAGCAGGGGAGCCGGCCGCUGCUCAGGCAGCAGAAGAGGCUGCGAUACCGUGCACCCAGGAGAGCGUGGAGCCGAAGAACCUAGAGGCGGUGGUGGGUGAGUGUGUGACACAGUUGGCGUGUCAAGGGGUAGAGGCCAUUGCUGUCUACGCUGGGCUUAAAGAUGCUGAACCAGAGCCUGUUAAAGAGGAAACCCCAGCUCCAGCCCAACCCAAACUUCUGGACUCAAUCAGCGAACCAUCUCCUCCAGAACCCGAGCCUGUGGCAGCACCCGAGCCUGUGGCAGCACCCGAGCCUGUGGCAGCACCCGAGCCUGUGGCAGCACCCGAGCCUGUGGCAGCACCCGAGCCUGUGGCAGCACCAGAACCUGUGGCAGCACCAGAACCUGUUGCAGAAGCUCUGAUUUCCCUAACUCCAGAACCUACGCCUCCCGAGGCGGAAGUUGAAGCCGAGUUAUUACCAGUCCCGGCUGAGGCUCUGGAGAAGGCCACAGACCUGCUUACUGAGUCCUUCCCUGAGCCAGAGCUUUCCUCGCCCUCUUUGAUUGACCUGGGUGUCCCUGAUGUCACUCUCCAACCUGUUGAUGCUCCUCCUUCCCCAGCUCCCACCCCUGAGCCAGUCGAAGAAGACAAACCCUCAGACAUCCCAGAGAGCGGGGAGUGCCUAGACACUGCUGAGAUCUGCACGUUUGAGCUGGAAAAGUCUGAGUCUCUGGAAGAGCCUGCGGAGGUGGAGGCCGCAGAGAAUUUGGAGCAGCUCGUGAGUCAUGUCGAAGAGGAAAACAUUAGUGGACUCCUGCAGCAGUUGGAUCUGAAAGGAAAUGACCUCAUCCCCAUCGAUGUCCAGAUCCCCGAUGACGCUCCCAUCACAGACAUCAACCUGUCUACCGAUCUGAUUUGAAUCCCAUAAGUGAAAGAAGUGAAUAGAUAUGUUUUUCUGUGAAACACUUUUUAACCUUUUUCUUGACUUCUGACUUCACAAAUACAAAGUUUGAAUCCUCAUGUGUGCAGCCUAAUAAAGGGAAACGGUUAAUUUUCUCUUUCAAAAUGAACCAAAUGUGCCAAGUGAACAUAAUGAUGUCUAAAUACUGAUACAUUGAUGUUUUUGGAUACAUGUAUACUGCCAUAUAUUAUCUGUGGGUGAUGAGUACAGGAGCUCAAGCAGGAUAGGGGAUAUGCGUUCAAUUACGUUUCUUGAUGGACAACAGAGAUCUUCCUCUAUGCAAAAUUCCCAGGGCAAGAAUUUAAAUGUAUUUCUCAUAGGGACUAGAAGAAAGAGGUGCUGUUGCUUUAUGAAAACCUUAAAAUUAUAUAAUAGUGUAGUAAAUAAUCAUGUUUAUUGAGUGCAAAGGGAAAAGUAUGAGUUUUUUGAAGUGGUUUAUCCAUUUAUUCAAAACGACAGGUAAAAGGGACAAAAGCAAUGCAACCAAAGAUGGACACCAUUUAUGUAUCUGAUUAUAUACAAGUUUUCAAUAAACAUUUUUGCUUAACACUUUUGUUUGGAUUUUGCAAUAUUCCUCCUACAGGGAUGAAAGUUGUAUUUUCAGGUGUUUUUUUUAGAAUAAAAUUCGUGCCUUGGUUGUGGAAAUAAAAAUAUCUCAAGUG